AUGGCUGCCGAAGGGCGGCUGGGCUGGCAAGGUGCCAAUGACGAUAUUCAACAAAACAUUCGAAAGGGUCUGGACGUCACGGAAGCCACGAAUUAUCGACCAGGACGUGCGAAGCUGCAGUCCAGUACGAGCGUAUCUAUUUCCCGCAAAGGGCGAAGUACCAGCGCUGGCGUGAAGCGGCCAUCCAGCGAUGCUGACGCUACUCUACCGCCGAUUAAGCGAUCCCGUCCGACGUCUCCAACAAAGACAAGCGGCGAGCGACCACCAAACUGGGUGCACCGGCGAGUUAUUCUUAGCGACUACGGGAAACCAAUCUAUAAAGCAAGCUCCCGCGUUGCGCUCCUUUCUGCGCUGGAAGGCUGUAUUGACGGCCAUCAUCACUUGCACAAGGUGGGCCUUCUCCACAGAGAGAUCUCUACCAACAACCUCAUGAUGAAUGAAGACGAAAAGAACCCUUCCUAG